CUCAAAGAAUUUGUGGUAAAGUAUGAGAAAGCCUUGAAUAGGAUUGUGAAAAGGGAAAAUGAUGAAGAUUUUGAGUCCGAACAUAAGUUUCGGAUUGUUAAUGACCAUGAAUUUUUGUUGAAGCAUGCGGGAAAAGUGUAUACUAGAAACGUCUUCAACAAGUUCAAGGAAUCAUGGAGUCAAGUCUUUAACUACAAAGUUGAAAAUGUGAGAAAUGGCAAUGGUUUUCAAUCUUUCGUAGUGAAGUCAAAAGAUGAUGAACUUGAAAAGUUUGAGGUGACAUUGGAUUCGCAAACCUAUGAGGGUAAGUGUGAAUGCCAACAAUUUGAGUUUGUUGGGAUAUUGUGUGCGCACAUUUUGAAAGUGUUUGUCCGACUAGACAUUGAUGAAAUACCAGAACACUUUAUUCUUCCACGAUAGAGGCAAAAGGCCAACAAAUUUAGGAUAAUUGAUUCCCAAGGAUUGGUGCAUGACGACGGCAAAGAAGAAUCUGAGGCGUUAAGGCUUAGUCAUAUGUGUCAAGAAGCUACAAAAUUGGCUUGUUUGGCCGCCCCAUCAAAUGAGGCAUACACAAUUUUUAUUGAAGGUAUGAAUGAUUUAUUCGAGAAGAUCCAAGAAGUUUCUAAGGUGUCUCCAAUUGAAAUUUGUGCUGAAAAAGAUAAUGAGAAAUUUACCGAGCCGUCGCCGUCUCAGAUAUUGCUUUUGGAUCCGAAUAUCUCAAUUUGCAAGGGUAGAAAAAAGGAUGUCAAGGGCAAAGCCGCUUCUACACAAUCCGAAAGAUUGAAAAGCGGUAUUGAGAUGUCAUUAAAUAAGAAGAAAAGAAAGUGUCACAUGUGCUUUCAAUUUGGACAUGAUAAGAGAACUUGUCCUUCAAAUCCAACGAGUAAAACUAACAAAGGCUUUGAAGAGGAUGCGGAAGGCUCAGAUAGUGACCAAGAGGACGGCGAGGACGGCUCAGAUUGCUCCGAAUGAUCUUGGAAUAUUUUGGCUUGUUGGCUUUGUUUUGUAAUGAUCUAUUCUUAGGUUAAGUGAAAGUUCUUUGUAUGGAUCAGUUUUUGGGAUGUAAUUGAAUGCAAGAAAGAUUGCUCCGAAUG